GAGAGGAGGAGAGGCGGCAGGUGGGGAACAAAGGGGUGACAGGCAGAGAGAGGUGACAUGGAAGGUGGGGAGAGAUAACUGCCCCCAGAGCCCUCAUUCUGCACCGGCAGCUGCUUCAGCACUGGACAGCGACAGGAUCAGAUACCCAGGCAGGGGCGGCAGGGUCUACCGGGGCAGAUAACAGACAUGGCCACUGCCUUCUAAGGGAGGAGUCCCGGGAAUUACGGCAUUAGGGGCUUUUAUUUAUUUUUACUGUCUAUUUUUUUAGUAGAAUUACCCCAGGCAGGGCAGAUAGCUUUUAGGCAGAGGAAAGCCCCGUGAAAGGUUUGGGGUAAGCUGAGGGCAGCAGAGCUGAUGGGGGAGAGGUGGGUUUGCCGUUAUCCCUGCGCCCCCCGGCGAGGAUGUCGCUAAGGAGCCCCCGGUAGCUGCAGGAGGAGGAGGAGAGCGGUGCUGGGGAGGGAGAGGUGGUCGGUGAGGGGGGAGCAGGCUCUCCGGUGUCCCAGCUGAGCACGGCAGGGGAAGAGGUGGACGUGAUGGGCGAGUGGACCAUCCUGGAGCGCCUGCUGGAGGCUGCCGUUCAGCAGCACUCCACCAUGAUAGGGAGGUAAGAGGGUGGAGAGCGGCUGGUGACAGAGGGGAGGGCUGUGAGCCUCCGGAAUCCACGCAUGGAGGCAGAUACCCCUAGGACACACUGCCAUGCAUGCUACCAGACACGCUACCUCUAAGACAUACAGCGGAAGGGGCCCCGUCCCUCACAUGACAGGGGGGCCACAAUGCUCCAACUCAUACAGAGCCAUUUCAGAUUUUCCCACAGGAGGGGAGAAGAUAGGAUCCUGCUGACCGUGGUGGUGAUCUUCAGGAUCCUGAUCGUGGCCAUCGUGGGGGAGACGGUGUACGAGGACGAGCAGACCAUGUUCAUGUGCAACACGCUCCAGCCCGGCUGCAACCAGGCGUGCUACGACCGCGCGUUCCCCAUCUCCCACAUCCGCUACUGGGUCUUCCAGAUCAUCCUGGUCUGCACCCCCAGCCUCUGCUUCAUCACCUACUCCGUCCACCAGUCGGCCAAGCAGCGCGACCGCCGCUACUCCUUCCUCUACCCGCUGCUGGACAAGGAGCUGCCCCGGGACCACCGCAGGAUGAAGAACAUCAACGGGAUCCUCAUGCAGAACCCGGACCUCUCGUCCAAGGACGAGCCGGACUGCCUGGAGGUCAAGGAGAUCCCCAGUACCCCCAAGAAGACCCUCAAAAGUGCCAAGGUGAAGCGCCAGGAGGGGAUCUCGCGCUUCUACAUCAUCCAGGUGUUCUUCCGCAACGCUCUGGAGAUCGGCUUCCUGGCCGGCCAGUACUUCCUCUACGGAUUCAGCGUGCCCCCCAUCUUCGAGUGCGACCGCUACCCCUGCGUCAAGGAGGUCGAGUGCUACGUGUCGCGGCCCACCGAGAAAACCGUCUUCCUGGUGUUCAUGUUCGCGGUGAGCGGCAUCUGCGUCCUCCUCAACCUGGCCGAACUCAACCACCUGGGCUGGAGGAAAAUCAAGACGGCCAUGAGGGGGGUCCAGGCGCGGAGGAAGUCCGUCUCCGAGGUGCGCAAAAAAGAGCCGUCCACGCUGGCCCAAGUGCCGACGCUGGGGAGGACGCAGUCCAGCGAGUCGGCUUACGUGUGACGCGCGCCGGGCCGGGGGGUCCGGUUAUUAAGGCGGCAAGGACUUUUUCC